AUGUCCUAUAAAUCCUCCGCGACCACCGCCGUGUCUGCUCCCGGCAAGGUCUUACUUACUGGCGGGUACCUCGUUCUAGAUAGAAACUACACAGGCACCGUGUUCGCUCUCAACGCCCGGAUCCACGUUGUCGUGCAACAGCUCCGAAAGGGCCACCGAAGAGGGCAAUCUUCCGAAGCCGAGGUGGAAAAUGGGAACAUUGAUACUGGGAAGGAUGGUGAAGACUUGAUUGUGGUUCGCUCGCCCCAAUUCGUGGGUGCUGUGUGGGAAUACGGUAUUCAACGCCGUGAAAAUGGCGGGGGGAUUAAGGUCGUACAAAAGAAUGAUGGACGAGGCAAUCCUUUUGUUGAAACCUCCUUGAAUUACGCCUUGACUUACAUCAGCUAUGUGGCCGACUCGAAGGACUUUGGCUCCCUAUCCAUCACGAUCCUCGCCGACAACGACUAUUAUUCCGAGACGGCCUUUUCAAGAGCCGGGGAUCGUAACACUGGGGGAUUUGUGAACUUUGGGGUCCCGCUCCACGAGGCGCAUAAGACCGGCCUUGGUUCUUCUGCGGCCUUGGUUACUUCUCUGGUAUCUGCCCUGGUAAUCCACCGCACCAUGCAGCCUGACGAUAUCGGUGCGGCUCGUGAUAAGUUGCAUAAUCUGGCGCAGGCCGCUCAUUGUGCAGCCCAAGGAAAGGUUGGAUCUGGAUUCGACGUUGCCGCUGCUGUCUACGGUUCCUGCCUCUAUCGCAGAUUCUCGCCCUCUAUUCUGGAAUCCAUCGGUGAUGCGGGUCGUCCUGGAUUCGACGAGAGGCUAUUCAAUGUUGUAGAGGACGCCGAUCCAGAACAUCCCUGGGACACAGAGUGCUUGGACUUUGGCAUGACCCUUCCCCGCGGGAUGCAAAUGGUUCUUUGUGAUGUCGAGUGUGGUUCCCAAACUCCGUCUAUGGUGAAAAAAGUGCUGGAGUGGCGGAAACAAAACCAGCAAGAGGCCGACCUUCUUUGGAACGCUCUCCAGUCGAACAACGAACGGCUAUGUCUCGAACUUAAACAGCUGUCACAGAACCCGGAAAAGGGCUUUGAUGACGUCCGUAGUUUGAUCGAACGGUCCCGCAAUCAUAUUCGCAGCAUGACUACCAAAUCCGACGUUCCCAUUGAACCAAAGGUACAGACGGAGCUACUUGAUGCCAUUUCCGAGGUUGAGGGUGUCGUUGGCGGAGUCGUUCCUGGUGCAGGAGGCUACGAUGCUUUGGCGGUUAUAAUCCGAGACGAAGCAGAGGUCAUCGAUCGACUGAAGCAGCUCUUUGAGAACUGGGAGAGCAAGGUGGAGGACGAUUUCGGAGGGAAAGUCGGCCAGGUUCGUCUCCUUGGUGUACGCCACGGCUCUCUUGGCCUGGAGAACGAAUCACUGGAGCAAUAUCGCGUGUGGUUGUAG